AUGCCGUUCGGUAUCCUGGAAGAUGCAAAGCUAGAGUAUAUCCCCGGAACAGCUCCUCUUCACGGCCACUCCGAAACCGACAUUUACUCCGGCAUCGACCCAGGUCUACUCAAAUAUGACCACACGGGCAAGAUAGUUCUCGUUCCUCAGCCAUCUGACUCGCCCAACGACCCAUACAAUUGGUCCCGAACGAAGAAGGCGCUUUUCACAAUUACCUAUGCCUGGGGAUGUGGUUGUGUUGGGGCGAUCGGUCCUCUCCUUGGAGGUGCAUUCGUUCCACUAGCAGCCCAAUUUGACGUCUCAUUGUCAACUUUCGUUUCGGCCGUCCAGGGUGGUAUCAUUGCUGCGAUCGCGGUGGGUAGUCUCUUGUUUAACUCUUUGGCUGUGAAAUAUGGGAAACGGCCUAUCUAUUUAGGGACUACGCUUGGUUUGAUGGUGUCAUGUUUUUGGGGGGCUGAGGCGAAGAGCUUUGAGUCGUUCGUUGCUUCGAGGGUUUUUUGUGGAUUGUGUAUGGCACCUAUGGAGGCUUUGGUGCCAGCUUCUAUUUCAGAUAUUUGGUUUGUGCAUGAGCGGGGGUUUCGAACGGCGAUUUUCAAUCUUGGCGUUUUGGGUGGUAUUAACCUUGCGGUUCCGAUUGCCGCUGCUGUAAUUCAGUAUGGAUCGUAUAAUGAAGCAUUAUAUGGUAUGGGUGGAGCCUUUGCACUGGCUUUUAUUCUUGUGUUUUUCUGGAUGCCUGAAUCUGCGUACAAGAGAGAGGCCUUGAAUAUUGACACUGGCGAAUCAAAUGUUGUUUUGGAAGGAAAAGCAAGCCUUGAACAGCUAGAACAUACAAGCACAACACCAACAUCAACUGAGGCCCGUGACUCCUGGCUCAAGGAAUUGUUGCCUUACAGUGGCUAUGUCAAUCAAGUCCCAUUCUGGAAUACUUUGAUCCGACCAUUCUAUCUACUAGCAUCCCCGCCUGUUCUUUGGGCUGUGCUACUCUUCACUAUGUGCAUAUCAUGGCUUGUGGGAAUCUCUCUCACUCUAUCCCAAAUUUUCUCCGCGGCCCCAUACAAUUUCUCGGUCAUAGGCGUGGGAGCAACCAACUGUUCUUCUUUUGUGGCAUCAGUUCUUGGUACGAUUGUUGCAGGGCCUCUUAUUGAUGGUCUAGUCACCAAGAUGUCGAUGAAGAACGGCGGUAUAUUUGAGCCUGAAUUCCGUCUUCCGGUCAUGUUAACCUACGUGCUCUUUACAUCAACAGGCUUCUUUGCCUGGGGUCAGUCUUCUGCGGCGCAGGAUCCUUGGCCUGUGCCUGUUGUUGUUUGUCUGGGGUUGAUUAAUUUCGGAGUCCAGCUAGGAACUACUAGCGUGGUCACAUAUGUGGUAGACUGCCAUCGUGAAAAGGCUGGGGAGGCCUUUGCAGCGAUGAACUUUGUGAAGAAUAUGUUUGCAUUUGGUCUUUCCUUCUAUAUCAAUGGAUGGAUUGAUAGCCAAGGCGUUCGCAACUGCUUCUUUACAAUUGGCGGAAUCACUCUGGGUGCCACUCUAUUUACAAUUCCGAUGUAUAUUUUUGGAAAGCGAGCCCGAAGCUGGGUUCAUCGUCAUGGGCUGGCUGAUCGACUAUAG